UUCUGUUGGAACAUUUCGUGGCGACACAUUGAGUGGAUGAUAAAACAUAGUCUCGGUGGUCAUUUGACAGUUAACCAGGAGUCAAAGAUACGAAACCAAAAGCCUAAGUUGUGGAUAGAAAGCAGCUGUGCGUAUAUCUCUCCAAAACGCACUCAUGUUUUCCUCAUCCGCAAGAAUAGGUUUUCAUUCUGAAUAGGCUGUUAAAAUCUUUUCUCGUCACAUCUCUCUUCUCAAAAAACAUUAUACGGUUAGAUUAAUUGGAUGAUUUUGUAAUAAUAGAAAUGAAUUCGGCGGAACAGACAGUAACGUGGCUGAUAACGUUGGGGGUCUUGGAGUCACCGAAAAAGACAAUUUCAGAUCCUGAAGGAUUCCUGCAGUCUUCCCUCAAAGAUGGAGUUGUCCUGUGCAAACUGGUGGAGCGUUUGCGCCCUGGGACGGUUGAGAAAAUCUUCCAAGAACCAAGGAAUGAUAGCGAGAGCCAGAGCAAUAUCAAAGAGUUCCUGAAAGGUUGCGGUUCUUUUCGCGUGGAGCCAUUUGAGGUCAAUGACCUGCUCCAGGGACUGAACUUCACCAAGGUUCUCAACUCUCUGGUGGCACUUGCCAAAGCCACGGAAGACAUUGGAGUGGGCGGUGACUCUGUGUGCGCGCGUCAUUCGUCCUCGUUGCGGAUCAAGUCAUUCGACUCUCUGAACGCCCAGCAUCCCCACGGACGCUCUUCCAAAGUCCUCCACAACCAGUACCGCAGCCUGGACAUGUCAGAGAGCGUUGGUCCGUCGGUGUUGGUGAAGGCCAAGUUCGCCUUCCAGCAGACCAACGAGGACGAGCUGUCCUUCAACAAGGGGGACAUCAUCAGCGUGUCACGACAGGAAAAUGGUGGCUGGUGGGAGGGAUCGCUCAAUGGCAAGACGGGCUGGUUCCCUAGCAACUAUGUCAAGGAGGUCAAAGGCAGCGGCGGGGACAAACCAGUGUCUCCUAAGUCCGGGACACCCGCAACCCCCCUGAAAGGCUUCGAAACCCCCCCUGUCAGCAAGACAUACUAUAACCUGGUGCUCCAGAACAUUCUAGAAACAGAGACUGAGUAUUCCAAGGAGCUCCAGAGCUUGCUGUCCUCAUACCUGCGCUCCCUUCAACCCACAGAGAAGUUGAGCAGUGCAGAGAUUAGUCACAUCCUUGGAAAUCUGGAGGACAUCUCUACCUUCCAGCAGAUGUUGGUUCAGUCCUACGAGGAAUGUACCAAGCUUCCAGAGAACCAGCAGAGAGUAGGACGCUUCUUCCUCAACCUGAUGCCCCAGAUGAAGAGCCUUUACGUGGCAUACUGCUGCAACCACCCCUCGGCUGUCAACGUCCUCACAAAACACAGUGAGGAGCUAGGGGAGUUCAUGGAAGAGAGGGGAGCCAGUAAUCCUGGGGUGUUAACCCUGACCACAGGCCUAAGCAAACCCUUCAUGAGGCUUGACAAAUACCCCACUCUACUGAAGGAGCUCGAGAGGCACAUGGAGGAACAUCAUCCUGAUCGGCCAGACAUCCUGAAGUGUCUGACCGCAUUUAAAAGCCUCUCUGGUCAUUGUCAGGAGGUCCGGAAGCGUAAGGAGUUGGAGCUACAGAUUCUGACAGAAACUAUCAGACGCUGGGAUGGUGAUGACAUCACAACCCUGGGCCCAGUCCUCUAUAUGUCACAGGCAAUCUGCCACAUCCACGGAUCAGAGGAGAAGGCUGAACGCUACCUCCUGCUAUUCCCAAAUGUUCUGCUCUUGCUGUCUGCCAGCCCCAGAAUGAGCGGAUUCAUCUACCAGGGUAAACUACCGCUGGCAGGAAUGCUGAUUUCAAGAAUGGAAGAUUGUGAGAUGGUCAAAAACGCGUUUGAAAUAUCCGGCAGUACAUUUGAGCGGAUGCAGGUGGUGUGUAAUAACCAGCAGGAUCUGCAGGAGUGGGUGGAGCAUUUAUCGAGACACACCCAGAUCAGAAAUACACCCUCCAUGAUUAUGACUGCGCCCUCCUCCAAGCCCCAGUCUGUCCCGUGCCACACGUUGCCUUCCCACCCCCUGACCCCCUCUAGACAUUCAGAGAGUAGGGCAGUAUCUGGGGGUCAAGUCUACCACACCUUACCUCACCCCUCAUCCCUUGGGGCCCCUCAAUCCUCCCCUGCGUGGGGUCCCCUGGAGCCCCCGAGCACCCCCAAACCCUGGAGCCUCAGUUGCCUACGCCCGGCACCCCCACUCAAGCCCUCGGCGGCUCUCUGCUAUAAGGAGGAUCUUAGCAGAAGUCCUAAGAAUAGGAAGAAUCUGCUGCCGAAGCGCAAACCUGAGAGGAAACCUUCGGAGGAGGACUUCGCGUCCCGGAAGAGUACCGCCGCCUUAGAGGAGGAUGCCCAGAUCCUGAAAGUGAUCGAGGCCUACUGCACCAGCGCCAAAACGCGGCAGACACUCAACUCAACAUGGCAGGGUACUGAUUUGAUGCACAACCACAUACUGGCUGAGCAAGUUGACCGGUCCAGUGUGGAUGCUCUGGGUUGCCGUAGCAGCCUGUCCAGAGGGACCGAGCCCUGGUCUGACCUAUCGGAGGACCUGGAUUAUGACAGUGUUUGGAAUGCGAGUAGUUACAGGAACACCUCUGUCUCUCGUUCCAGGGAGAAGUCAGGUCUGCAUAUGCUCUUCCCAGAGGAGGAAAAGAUAAUUGUGGAAGAGACUAAGAGCAAUGGACAGACUGUCAUAGAGGAAAAGACUUUGGUGGACACAGUCUACGGCCUGAAGGAUGAAGUGCAAGAACUGAAACAGGACAACAAGAAGAUGCGAAGGACCCUGGAGGAAGAGCAGCGUGCCAGAAAGGAGCUGGAGAAGAUCGUUAGGAGAGUCCUAAAGAACAUGAACGACCCCACCUGGGACGAGACCAACCUGUGAGUACCACCGUCACUGGACCAGUUGACCACAAAUCCACCGGACCCAAACGCUGUGAACUGACGUUCCGGAAGGCUGAACUGUGUCUCCGUUUGUAAAACGCCUGGCGUGACCCGAAGUGGAAACGGUCAGUGAAAAUGGAACGCGGCGUCCCUGAAUCACUUUCCACCAUGGACGUCAAACCCAAUGUCUGUGUUUGUCUUGCAUUGGACAGAGGACGUAACAGUAGCGAGGAUACUGUAUAUCUGUCCCCACCGGCUCUCAGGUUCUCCUGGAUGCAUCUCAACAGUGGAUUCCUCUACCUCUAUCCUUCUGCACUGACCUGAAGAUGGGUGAAAACUAAUGGAGACGUUUCCUCUCACUUAUCCAGUACGCUAACAUCCGCGAUAGACUAUUGAGAUCCCUCCUAUGCAUGUAGAGCAGUAGUCUCAGGAAACCAGUGCCACAGGCCGUGACUGCAUCUUAAUAGUCAACGUUGCCUUCUUACUGUAUGUAUGUGAAGCAGUUCCCCUGAACCUCAAAUGGAAUCUCCUCUCACCUGUCCAGUUUUAAGUCGAUGAAAGGCAACGAAAAACGGUGGCAUAUAUACAUGCAACCCAGAGGGGUUUAACAGAUGGGGAUUUAGUCACUGCCUGCUUACCCUGCUGCUAAGCUCGUCUUAAGACCAACCCCCAACCCCCCUACACAUUCCUUUGAGCCUUGCAGGAACCUAUGGCCAACACCCGGAAUGGGAUUUAAUCGACUUUUUCUGGAUUUUUUUCCAUGGAAAACUCAGCAAUACAAUACUGGAAAGUUUUCAGGGAAUCUUUGUGAUUUUUUUUUUGCUCUUUUUUUGUAAUUGUUUUUCUUUGGUCACGAAUGACUUUUUUUUUUAUUGUUUUCCAUAUUUGACCUGAUAAUGGAAUAUCUAUUUAAAUAUUUUGCUGGACACACUAUUUCUACUUUUGCUUUUCUACCUUUUUGUCACCUACAGUAUAAUUUCUAUAGAAAAUAAUCACAGCUCUAUUUGAUGUCAUGAAAUGUGCCUUGGGAAUAUGAUUCCUUGAUAUUGGCAUACAUUUCUGGCAGGCACUUUGAUUCCUCAAAUAUUCCAAUGCAAUGUUAACACUGAUGAACACUAAAGAAGCUACUUAUAUCCAUUCAAGAUUCUAUAUUACGUCUGUAUUUAAAUGAAAUAUAUUGAGAAUUGUAUUGUGAACUCCUUAAGUCACAAGAAACCUCCCAUUCCAUUCCAUCCCUCUAUUUAUAUCAUCUCUCACUUUUCUCAGUUCCUGUUAUUGUCUCUGUGGAUUAAACCAGUACACUAAA